AUGGUUGUGUCAGUGCUGUACCCCAAACCGCUGCCGUCCAUCACCAUCACGCCGCCCGAUACAUUCAGCCCACCAUCUCAGCCCAAGAUGCUCCGGAUCACGCCGCCGUCAGAAUCCCACGAAGGAGAGGGGAACUACGACCUGGCACGAGACAGCCUGCCGGAAUGGAAGCAGUCUCGGUACGUCGAGGAACAACAAAGCAAGAUCACCCGGAUCAAAGAACAGCGCAUCAAGGUCAUCGUUCAUCGCGGUCCGAAACCAGCUCUCCAAGUCGCUCUCAACGGCCGGCCCCACUUCCUCACGCCGAAGCGGUGGGAACCCCAGCCCCGGCGCAACUUGGACUUGGCCGCCCCGAUCCGCCGCGAGAAUAGGCCGCCCGAGAUGACGUUCCGAUCCCUCGUUCGAUGGACAUCGUGGCUUUGCGCGGCCUGGCUUUGGUUCGGCGUUGCUGAGUAUCUUCGCAACUGCAGCCCAAUCAUGCGGAUUAGUGGCUACGCCGUCCUCGUCGCACAGCUGGUCCUCAUCAUCCCAUCUAUGGUGGCCUACGCUUCACCGGCCCUCGUCCUCUUCCUCUCGCCCCUUGCUCGUCCCGCCUGCCUUGCCACCCAAUCCCUCAUCCGAUUCAUGAAGCGCGCCCGGCACAAGUUGAUCACGUACCGGAUCUACGCCGUGGCUAUCGGUUUCUUCGGUCUCGGGUUUUGCCUGGGUAUAAUGUCAAGCCCAGGGCCCACCAUUGUAGGCACGCCAGCGCCGAGUCGAGCGAGGUUCCACUUGUCUAAAUGA